AGCUGAGUCUCCGCCACCACCGGGAGCUGCUUCACGCUCCGUCGGAACAACGGCCGCGCACCGACUGAACCGAAGCGGGUGGGCGGGGGUCAUGAGGGCACCGGAGGCCCCGCUCGCUGUGCAGAGCAGCUGAAGCAGACAUGGGCAGAGACGUCUCGGGUAGCACCGGCAGGCCCCGCCUCAUCGACGUCAACGGCCGCGACCACCACCGCUGGCUCCAACACAAGUUCUCUGUGUUUGCCAACAUCUCCCUGUAAGACUUUGCGAUGAGAAUGUCCGACAUCGCGGGCACUGAAGCGAUGAAGGUUUCCGAGGCCGCAGACACCGCGUCGCCUGCGAACGACAACGCCACCAAGUCUGAGCCCUACGACAAGAGCCAGAGCAGCAGAGAGGAGCACGGCAGCAACAGUAUGAAGGACAUGCAGCCUGUGAAGUACUCCAAGUCCAACACCAGGCUAAAGCUUGUACGGAGCCUGGCAGUGUGUGAAGAAUCGUUUCCUUGUGCUGUUCCCGAGCCUUCAGCAGCACCUCAGGACGGUUUCCUCCCCCCACCUUUUGACAAUGAAGAACGAGGCACAAAGGACCAAGCUGAGAAGGAAGGUCGUUGCGACAAGGUGGACAAACCCGAGAAAGCGCCGAGGAAAAUGCUGUCAAGAGAUUCCAGUCAGGACUACACCGAUUCGACGGGCAUAGACCUCCAUGAGUUCCUGGUCAACACGCUGAAGGGCAAUCCCAGGGAUCGAAUCAUGCUGCUGAAGUUGGAACAGGACAUCUUGGAUUUCAUCAGCAACAACGAAAGCCAAAAGAGGAAGUUCCCCCCCAUGACGUCCUACCACAGGAUGCUGUUGCACCGAGUUGCAGCCUACUUUGGUCUGGACCACAACGUGGACCCCAGCGGGAAGUCAGUGGUGAUCAACAAAACCAUCAACACUAGAAUACCCGAUCAGAAAUUCUCGGAGCACAUCAAGGAUGACCGGAUGGACGACUUUCAGAAACGCUACAUUCUCAAACGAGACAACUCCAGCUUCGAUCACGACGACGGAACGAUACGAAUGCGUCUGAAAGCUGACAAGAGGAGCAAAUCGAUGGAGGAGAGGGAGGAGGAGUACCAGCGAGCCAGAGAAAGGAUUUUUGCACAUGAUGGUGAUCACUUUAUAUUCGAUAACAGCGCGCAGGAGGAACUCUCGUGCAUGAGCACUCAGCAGAGGCGGCAAAUGUUCAGGUUACGAGCCGGCCACUCUGGAGCCAGCCACCAGAGCAGCUCCGAGACGGAAAUCCUGCCACGCCACGGCGAGCCUCGGCCGUGGAGCAGCACCGACAGUUCGGACAGCUCCAACCGGCUCGCCCCGCGGCCCGCCAUCACCAAGGCCAGGAGCUUCAGCGGCAUCUCCCCCAGCCUGGUCCGCGGGGACAGCACAGCCAGCAGCAAGAGCACCGGGAGACUCUCGAAAACAGGUUCAGAGUCGUGCAGCAGUGUCGGCUCCUCGUCCAGCUCGCUGUCCCGCCCUCAGCUGCCUCUCCGAUGCAGCACCCCCUCCGUCCAUCACGCCGCCAACGCCAAAGGACCCCCCGACGGGGCCAAGAGCGUCCCUUCGCAGCUGCCGGCAUCCAGCGCCGCGAACUAUUACGUGCUGCCGCUAGAGGUCUCAGGGAUUCCACCUGGCAGCGUUCUGAUCAGUCCACACACAGGUAAGCCUUUCGUGCAUCCCGACGGCGGCGCCGUUGUUUAUGACCCGGCUGCCAGCAGAGUCCCACAGGACGGGAAGACGCCGCCGCAGCAACAUGCAGCCGGUCACCUUCACUCCCAGCCAGUCUGUCCUCCUCUUCAGCCGUCCUCUGAGCCCGUCCACCUCCCGACGGUUCCCUAUCCUCCUCCUCACUUCCUGCCCGUCUAUCCUCCUAACCAACAGUGCACUGUGCCUGAAGUCCUCAGCGCCCAGUUUGGUCACAUGACUCUACAGCAGCCGCCUGGUGACGGCGCAGCCCCCGAUGGCCGCUACCCCUCUGUGUUUAGCCCCCACCCCUCCCCCGUGGUGCUGCAGGGGGCUCCUCCGCAGCACGUGACGGGCUACGUGGUGGCGGGCCCAUCAGGAGGACACCCGGGGGUGCUGCAGGGUCAGCACGUCUCGCUCCCAGCCUUAAACUCCACGUACCCGAGCGCGGGCCCCGCCACGUUCCCCGCGCCGCUCCUCCAGCAGCACGCCUACGUGCAGCAGAUGUGCUACUGCUCUUCAGCCCACCACCCACAGUGCUCCAACCAGCAGCCGCAGUACCGACCCCCCAUCAACCAGCUCGCCUAUAAUUGCCCUCCGAGCCAAAACCUGCCCCAGCAACAAGUGCACCAAGCCGUGAUGCCAAACCCAGCGUCCAGCUACCAGACCGUAGUGGGCGUGCAGCCAACACCUAACCUCGCUCUCACUGGCAACCAGCAAAGCAAUAUGGCCAGCCAGAUGCAAGGCAUGAUGGUCCAGUACCCGCCAAUGCCAUCGUAUCAGCAGGUUUCUGUCCCGCAGCAAACGUUCCAGCAGCCAGUGUUCAUGUCCUGCCAGCCGGGACACGGCCCAGUGGCUGUUUCUGGUGUGCAGCCCUGCUACAGCCUGCUCCCCCCCACCCAGCACACCACCAUGAGUUCGACCGUAAGCUUCCUGCCCGCCCCGAUGAUGGAGUUUCCUCCGACCUCCUCUCCCUGCGUCCCCCAGCAGCACCCGGGCCAACAGUACGCAGGCUUGUUACCGCCGGCCCCCGGCAGCAGCGUGGUGAUGCUGCAGAUGGCGGCGCCCCCCUGCCAAAGGAAACAGCCCAGCCACAAACAGCCCGUGCAUCAGCGCAGCCGAAGGCCCGCCGAGCUGCCCCCGACCCCAGACAACAGCCAGAGCAGGCUGCCUGCGUCGCCGGCGCUCACCCCCUCGCCCUGCCAGCCGCCCAGCGUCCUCAAGGGCCUCUCGCCCGGCGUCUCGCCCGUCCUGCCGUACCGCCCGCAGCUCCCUACAGCCUUCUGCCACAGCGGACCAGGUGAAGCCCACUACUCUCUCCUGGGCCAGCCGCUGCCGUACAAACCCUCCGUCAGAGCGCCGUUGAUCCACGCCGCGCACGUGAAACACCAGGCUCCACUGGGAGUUUGGCGCCACGGCAGAAAGGCCGGCAAGAAACCUCUGUCUCCAGAUUGAGCUUCAAGCGUGCUCCGGAGGGGGUCGAGCUCCACCAGCUCCUGCGAAUUCAUCCAACACGACCGGAGACGCUCCUCGGGGAGGUGGGGGGGCGCCUUCCUGACUUCACCCCACGGCCUCGGACCUCCUUUAAACUCCGGACUGGCGCCGAGGAGCAGCCGUCGCCUCCAGUUGAUGAAAAGUUCCAGAAAACUGAACGUUGAUUUAUGUUCUUGGUUUGUUCUCCUUCCCGCGGUCGUCGGGUCCGAGCUGAACUCCUGCCGAGGAAAUCAAAACGGACUUUAAGUUGUUUUCACAUCAGAGUGUGGUUUUGGUGGAACGGCUCACGAAGACCCGGGUAGCGUUUGUGUGUGAGGCGUGUGCUCGCUCCGAGCCUGUACAGUACGAAACACUGAAUAAUGGAUCAACUACCUGAAUUAUUGAAACGGUGAAUGUUGCGUUUGCACUGAAGCAGCUGAUCAGCAGCGCCUGGAUUUUUUUUUUAAGCCUCAUACCUGUUCGUUGCACUCGGCCAGGCCGCUUUCUUUUAUAUAAUAAAUUAAAAAUGUUUAUAUGCACAAGAGAAAUGCAAUCGAGUUGCUCACUGUGUUUGGACUCCUGUGUGGAUCAUGAGAGACGCUCCGUGUGGCUUUUCGUCUUUUUAUUUUCCUCCCGUUUGUUUGGUUUGAUUUUAAUAAAUGUUUGCACCACA